AUGCCUAGCAGACAUCAGGAAGAAUCAGCGAAGUUAACGCGAAACUUAAUGAGUAUCAGGGCUAAGGAUCAGAGGGAAAGGAAACUGGCCCCAUCUCAAAGUCUCCGUUCCGUUGGGAAACGUUACGGUGAAGGAGCUCAUACUGGGUAUCCAAAGCUUGACAAGGUAAGUUUCCCCGGUAUUGGUGGUGGGAGCUCAUUACGCAGCCGCAAUGGCUAUCAGACUCGAACUGGAGAGGAGGUGGAACCCGUUGCUGUGAUGAUGGCGUACAUGUUACGCGAGAUGACACUAGUGGAAGAACGUGACAACUAUCCGUUCGAUAAAUUUACUCACGAACGUAUUGCUGGUGUGCCGGAGCAAGAGGUCCCGGGGAUUGCGGUGUCUACUGUCUGA